ACGACACCCCAGUCAUUCUUCAAUCAAGAAACCUCCACUAAUCACCAGUUGCUGUGGAUGGCGGCGAUUGCGGCCGAGAUCGAGACCGAGCUGAUUUAAGAUAUGGAGUCAUCACCGUUGACCAAGGCACACGACCACGCCCGGGCCGCCGCUAUCGCUACCCACUCUGCCGACACGACAGUUGCCAUCAGCGAGCACGCUCAGGCGGCCGGCGAGUUUGCGAACGCAUCCAAGAGCACAACCAGCAUCGAGGCACUGCGGACUCUGAAACUGCUCGAACAACACCACAAACGCCUGUCGGAGCUGCUGAAGCUGCCCAUCGGUCCGCCAAGCCACAGCAGCGUUGAGAACGACAUAAUCGAGGAAGAGGAAGAAAAGGAGAGAAGCGGCCUAGAUGAUUCUAAGACUCCCCGCCCGCGCGAAGAGGCGCCCGUAUCAAAGCAAGCAUCCCAAGUGAAACCGCUGCCAACCCUCGCUCACCCAAGGUACCCGGGUCGCAAUCUUUCGUCUUCCAUCGCAAGCAACCUCGCUUCUGCCCGCGGCAUCAGAGCCAGGUACAGCACCCAGCCAUUGACGCCCAGCGUGUCCAAUGACCAGGCCCCAGGCAGUCUCGAGGCGCGCCCGCGCAGGGAAGGCUCGAUUAGGAGCAAGGCUUCCGACUCGCUAGAUCACGCCCGGAAGCCGAGCUGGGUACCCCCGGUCAUUAAGGAAGACACGGUCCAAGAGGCCCCGAAGUCUCCAAAGUCCGAGGCAGACAGCUCAGCACCUAGCGAGGAUGGAUUCUCAAGGUUCUACAACACGUUCGGGAGCCUGAUUAACCGACUCUCGGCCCCUCUGGCAUUUGCCGGACUCCCGCUCAUCUCGGAGGAAUCCACCAGCGCAGCGACUACAACCGUCCCGUCGGAGCCGGCCUCAAGGAGACCGCGACAGCGCCCUUCCACCUCGACCGCCGAGCCCGAUCUGUCCAAGAUUUACUCGCGCGCCACCCUGCGCUCUCUCGCCCGCGACGGCCACGGCCCCAGCGACUCCUUCUACGUGGUGCCCACCAGCGGCCACACAGCCUCGUACGCGAGCAUCCUCAACCACGAGAACAAGGAAAAACGGCGGAUGGCGGCGUCUCUACACCGUGGCAACGACGAUGCUGACGACAACGAGGACGACGACGACUUCGUCGACGCGCGCGAGUCGCAGGCCACCGCCGCCCCGCCGCUGUCGCCCACGCUGCGGAAGCGCCUCGGCAGCAGGGGCAGCCGGGGCGACAGGGAUCUGCGCAACACGCUCGAGGAGCUGCAGCUCGAAAACGCCAGUCUCAAGGACGUCCUCGACAAGGUGAGCAAGCGGCUGCACGCCUUCGAGUUGAACUCGCAGACAUCGCACCUCGCCCUUGCCCAGAGCCUCCGGCUGCAGCGCCCCGGCUCGCCCAUGUCCUCCAGCGGAGGCGCGGGCCACGGGUCCGGCCCCGGAGACGAGGCGCUGCGGCGGCGGAACCGGGAGCUCGAGGAGCAGCUUGCCGAGCUGGGCAAGCGGAUGGCUGAGCUGGAGCGGGAUCACGUCAAGCUGCAGCAGACGGUGGAAAAGUACCGUGAGAGGUGGGAGAAGCUCAAAGCUGGCGCCAAGGCGAGGCGUGAAGCACAGGAGCAGGCCAAUGACGGGGAGGGGUCUAGGAAGUGAUCUUUGUUUUUGUUUUGUCGAGUAAAUUCGGUUCAGCCUGGAGUUAGUGGGAUGGAGCUAGUCGCCGCGGCGAUCAAUGAUAACUACGAUGGCGUUUGUCUUCACAUUCUCCGUGCUGGAUGCAAGCAUGCCCGUAGUGUGUUGUAGUGGGGGAACGCCAAAUAAAGAGAUCUC